AAACAGAAGAAGUAGUGGUUGUUGUGGGUAGUGCCAGUGCACUAUGCAGCGUCGAGUGGUCAUUCAAUAACAGAAGAAAAAAUGUCAAAUUACCAGUCCCUCUGCGGGAGCUUUAGCUAGUGUUCGGAGCAACAAGCGGUGUUUUCAAACCACCGCGUGAUGUUCACGAAGCCGGAAACAGCAGCGACGCAGUGCUAACUUCCAGCUAACGUUAGCGCAGGAAGUAUUUAACGGUCCUUGCGUUGUGGUCCUGCAGCAGCCAUGGCCGAGGCCGGAGCCCAUCUGACCUCCACGGCCGCCGCCGAGCAGCCGUCCAUCUUCGAGGUCCUGGCUCAGGAGUCUCUGAUGGAGGCGGUCCGACCGGCACUGAGACACGCCGUCAAGGUUCUGGCAGAGUCCAACCCGUCCCGUUUCGGCUUCCUGUGGCGCAGCUUCGAUGAGCUCUACCUGCUGCUGGAUGUCCUCCUCCAGAACCACUUCCUGUCCCACUGCAGCGCCUCCUUCUCCGAGAACUUCUACGGCCUGAAGAGGGUGUCGGGGUGGCGAGGGCUUCCCGUCCGCGGGAGCCUGCGCUGGCGCUCCCUCCUCCUGCUGUGCCUGGCGCCGUACCUGCGGGCCAAGCUGGAGGCGACGCUGGCGCGGCAGAGGGACGAGGAGGACUUCUCCAUCCGGCUGGCGCAGACCAGGAGCCAGAGGCUGUACCGGGCGGCCGUGGCGGCGUACCCGUACGUCGGCUCCGCCUGGCAGGCCUGGGUCUUCUGCCAGCAGCUGCUCUUCGUCUUCGGAGUCGCCGGGACCCAUAAUCCCUUGCUGUGGCUGGCCAGGGUCAGACUGGCACGACUUAACGCUCAGGAUGUCAGGGACAUGGAGCUGAGGAGCAACAAAACUGGCAACCCAGCUGAUGGGAGCCUGGCGCAGAGAGCAUGGUGGUGGAUGUCGCAGGUGGCGCGCGGCGCGGCCGUGUCCCUCUCCAGCUCCCUCUCGCUGGGCGUCUUCUUCCUGCAGUUCCUGGAGUGGUGGUACUCCUCGGACAACCAGAGCACCGUGAAGAGCCUCACCUCCCUGCCCGCUCCCCCGCCCCCACUCCACCUGCAGCGGGAGCAGAGCGGGCGGGACUCCCCGGCCGACCGCGGCGAGGAAGCUCCACCCGGCGCCGACAGCAGGGACUGUCCGCUGUGCCGCGGGCUUCGCUCCAACGCCACGGUGCUGUCCACCUCCGGCUUCGUCUUCUGCUACCGCUGCGUCUACACGUACGUGAAAGCCAACCGCCGCUGCCCGGUCACCGGCUACCCCACCGAGCCGCAACACCUCAUCAAGAUCUACUCCCCGGAGAGUUAGUACACGUCUACUCAUCACGCUUUCAGGUUUACUCUCCGAAAUACAAACUCUUCCAGAGACAAAGGAAAUGGCCUUUUUUUCCUUUUCUUUUUUAAAAUAACUUAUUCAAUAAUUAGUUUCCCUCUGUUGAGAUACUUUGCUUUUCUUUUGUAUAAAAUGGGCUCUGCGAUGUACAUACUGUUAAUAAAUAUUUCACUGAUACCAGCUGAUUUAUAUGCGAUGCUGCAAUUCUCUCUUAUAAAUAAAAAGUUCUGAAAUUG